AUAUUUUGUUGCAAAUCUGCCGACAAAAUGAAUUUCAGCGGCUACGACAGCGAAGCGGUUGGAUUCACGUCUGUAUCUAGAUCAAAACGCGCCGAAACCAGUACUUCAACGCAGACCACUGAGUUUGGUGAGACAGGUGCCGGAUGCCAGACUAAUUUGUCCAAAGAUGCAGGUUCGAUCACUAGUGCCGAUGAUAUUAAAUUGGAACCACCUAAUUAUUCACCGCAAAGAUUGAACGAAUUCUUGAAACGCGUGGUGCCUACAAUGCUCGAGCAAUUAGACGAGAAUGAUCGUGAACUACUUUACAAUUCUUCGGAAUCUGACGAAGAUGAAUCUGCAACAGCCAAGCUGGUUCAAGAACUAGAUGUGAAACUUCAAUCUAAUUUAGCUUCUGGCGAUCAGAAAUCUCCUUGCAUUUUAAGUCUAUCUUGGAGCAGCGCUGGUAAUUCCUUAGCGGUGUCUUUAGGAUUUACGCAGCAUGAAAAUUGGUGUGAUCAUGAUGGAGUCAUCAAGAUUUUUACAAUAAAAAGAACAGCCGGCGACAAAUUUGUCCACACUAUGGAUGUUAAUGAAAAGAAUUGUGUUUCUUGCGUGAAAUAUCACCAUUCUUUAGCUGCUUUGAUGGCUUACGGAACUAUAUCUGGUGAAGUCGUUAUCAUAAACAUGAGGGACGCUUCGGAUUUUUAUGACGGUACCCAAUUGACGUCUCCGUCAGGGUGUCACGGAGCCAAAAGGGUCACGGCCUUGCAAUGGGCUGAUGCAGCAUUAGCUAACUUAUACCUUACCAUGCAUAUCACAAAUACUGGUAAAAGACGAGGCGCAUCAGAUCAAAUUCUGUUCUCAUCUGGCAGCGACGGCACUCUUAAUGUCUGGCAGGUCAAUUCUAACUUCAAAGUCUUCGAAAAUGUUAUCUGCUACGGUAUAAAUGGGUCGAGAAAUAUUCCAGCACCAGAUAUAACCUGUUUCGACUUUAUCAAGGCGUAUCCUUUGCGUCCAAGUGAUGAAAAAGUACCAGAUGAUGUGUUUGUAGUUGGAUCUUCCACUGGGAAGUUGUAUUUGUGCAAGAUUAAGACGAGAAAGGCGGUUGAUGAGAACGCAGUAGAUCCAGUAUAUGAGGUUUUCGAUGGUCACGCAACGUGUGUCUUGGAUGUGGCUUUUAGCCUACAAAAACCUGGGCUCUUCGCGUCCAUAUCGAUAGAUUCAGAGCUGAGACUGUAUGAUAUCAACCAAUAUGGACCACUGAAGGUGAUGUGUCUCGACGUGGCCGUAUCAUGCAUGAGCUGGCUGACUUCAUCCCCCUGCGUCGUCGUCGGUACCUGCGGCAAGGGCGAGCGCCUUCGGGUUUACAACAUCGGCACAGGGCGGGAGGUGGCCGUGGAAGGGUUGGGGGUGGACGGCACCGUGACAGCUCUGGCAGUUUCUCAUUGUGGGUCCUGCCGCAUAGCUGCUGGGGACAGCACUCGUAAGCUGAGACUGUGGGAGCUCCCGGCGAGGCGCGGGAGACUCAUCGCCGAAGAGGAAUUUUAAUUUAUUCACUGCCUACUUUUCUGUGUCUGACGGCCUCUGUGGCGCCGCGGUAGUGCGCUGGUCUGCGACACCGGAGGUCCCGGGUUCGAAUCCCGGCCAGGGCAUGAUGAGGAAAGAACUUCUUCUGAUUGGCCUGGGUCUUGGAUGUUUGUCUAUUUAAAAAUUUAUUUUACACAAGUUUCGAACUUACUUCGAGGCUAACUCAAUCUGUGUAAUUUGUCCCGUAUGUAUUUGUAUUUAUUUUAUUUGUGUUACUUAUUUUAGCCUUUGCAGGUUUAUAUAUGAAUACUUUCGUACUAACGUAAUAUUAAAAAAAAGAUUCGAAUCUUUUUACCGAACUUAAAAAAACUCAAUAGAAUUUGAUUUUGGUGCUGAGCUGAGUAAUAAAACAAUAGAGGUGCUUUUGUUUUAACCUGGUAUGUAGUCACAAUCUAUUUAUUUUAGGUAUAUACCUAUAAAAAUAAUUUAAUUAAUUUUCUGAAGUUGUAUUGCAAAGAGUUACGUAUUUAUUUUUUAAUUUUGUCUAGAUACU